AUGUUCUGCAUUGAAAUUGCGACUCAGAGUUUCCAAUCAUUUUUAUCAACCCUCUCACCGUAUCAAGUAAAUAGUCCACUCAACGGGAGAGGGUUUUGGUUGGCGUGGGCUUCCUGGGGUUGCCCGGCUCGCAUCUCCUUCUCCUCCGACCUCCUCGACGAGUCCAACUUCAUCUCCAUCUGCCCCAACCAACACUAUAAUCUUGAACCCGAAAAUGUCAAACAAGCACGAGUCCCCGACAAUUUCGAGUUCCUCUCCUCCGGCAGCAGCCUAACCGACAUGAUGAGCGCCGACGAGUUGUUCCGCGAGGGCAAGCUCCUCCCCUUCUGGCAAGCCGAAAAACUUGACAAGAUCACGCUGAAAACAGCCGAGCCCGAAGAGGACACCAAAUCCGGCGAUGACGAGAGGCGGAUAAGCUGGUUCCUCGACGACGACCCGUCCCCAAGGCCGCCAAAGUGCACGGUCUUGUGGAAAGAGUUGCUUAGGCUGAAAAAGCAAAGGCCUUCCACUUUAUCUCCAUCUUCUUCAUCUUCUUCGUCUUCGUCUUCGUAUUCGUCUGGUGCAGACGAGAGGAGGAAAGGGGGAAGUAGUAAAGAGAAGGUGGUGAGUAGAGUGAAGAAGGGGCUCGAGAGGACUAGGUCGGCUAGUAUACGGAUAAGGCCGAUGGUCAAUGUCCCCAUCUACACGCACACUAGCCGGAAUAAUGCGUCGGCUUUGCCGCCGCUUUUUCCGGUGAGGAAAGGGAGGUUAGAUUGA